CACACAAAAGGCACUAUUAGAACGUAUAGAAUAACCACAAUGUAAUUACGUCGAAUAAAGUUGGCUUUACGUUUGUACUGAGUUAACGAUUAAUGUUCAGUUAGUUAUUAACAAGAAUACUUAAGUUAUUUUGUUCGUACUUGUUGUAAAAAAAAACUUUACUAAAACUACGAGGAAACUAUGAGCCAAGUUCGGUCAUUGCACAGCAUAGCUUGUCGUCUUAUUUUACUCUGAAGACGCUAAGGGGAGAACGCAACACGUUAUUUGCUAGCGCGAAUCCUUCGCUUUGGGUGUUGAAAGAUUCGAAACUCUGCGUUAAACCUAGCUUGUGAUAGAAGUGCUUCAUGAAUUUUUUCAAGAGUACGCUUAACUUUAGGAUCUGUACUAGUUAUUUUUGCCCUACUCGCUGUAACGUAAGUUUCUUAGCAAGGUCACUGAACGAGACGCUGCUCUUUCCAUCGGGAUGUUCUCUCUGUGGAAUCGCGGCGCUAUCGCCGCGUCGAAAACAGCAGUCUGACAGAUGCAUAUGGGAGUAAAAAAGUAAUGUAUGUAAAGGUAACGAAGAUAUUCCCUUGUUGUGCAUACAUCUUAUUUUUCAAAAGAUGAACGUAUUACGUCACCAGUUACCAUUUUGCAUUGGAAGUCAGGUAAAAUAGAUAAAAUACUAUUAAAAGCAAAAAUAAUAAUAGUAAAUAUGUAUGCUUAACAUGUUUGUUUAGUAACUCAUAAUUGACGUACAUCGGCUAUUUUUAGCACUGGCGACAAUUAGCAUCAAAGCUAACGUGGCCAAUUAGCGUUAUUACAAAUAUAAAGUAAGUAGUGUCGAGAUAUAAACGAAAAGGCAACGGUUUAUAUAGUCGUUUUCAUAGCAUUUAUGGAGUAAAGAUGUGCAACGACACGCAGCAAGAUUAUGAAGAUAAUUAUGAGCCUCAAGCCCAGUUAGGAAUUACAUUUAUCCGCUGCGAGGAAGGUAUCUUCUAGCUAGGAAUAAAUUUUUCUAAUAAAUGCUGAACUAGUGUUUUACUAAAUCGAGCUUAACUGUCGACGCUUUUUUGCGCUUCAAUUUAUUUAAAAUAUAAUCUUUGUUUAGGUGAAAAGAAAACCAAUAUAUUAAACCUAGACAAUGAGCUCCGCUUGUCAUUUUAGAUGGUUGUCGUUGACGAAACACGUACCUUAUUCAUCGGUCGCUAUGUGAAAACAUCUAAUUGGAUUUAACGGUUAUUCUUCCAAAGGAAUCGAUUUUGUGUAGCAAGCUGCUUACGACCAUCUUAGAUCAUUUGCAGUAUCUGAAGUCCGAAAAAAGAUACUGAAGAUUUGAAGAGGCUGGGCAUGCGUACACGAAACACGCUGCCUUCAAAUCUCAAUGUGAAAGAAAGGAGCUAGUAAUUUCGUCGACUUCCAUUCAUUUUGAAGCCAUUGACACCCAGAUGUUUGAAUGCAUCAACAAACGUUUCCCCGGUCUAAAAGGAGUGGGGCUCGAUGCAAUCGCUAAUGACAACUGCCAGUGGAUUUUUCGAUAGCAAAGAAUCGGCUACGACGAACAGGACCCUUCGUGUGAAGCUCGUGAAAAAGUGAGACAUUUAUGGAUAGCCGUGACUAUCGUAGAUUUGCUGUCAAGAGUGUGCGCUUCACCAGCUCAUAUAAUGGACUCUAUCGACGCAGAAAAGUUUCUUGGAAAGUGGUGGGUAGAUAGUUAUUCUCAGGCGAUUUAUGGUGAUGCCGACCGUUGCGCACAUGUCGUGCUAACAAAGCAAGCUGGAGAAAGCUAUCAAAUUCAGGCUGAAUACAUAUCCGAAGAGGGGGAGUUGGUUACGAUGUCUAUCGACGUUAAGGAAGAUAGCCAACAUCCAGCACGUUUUUACCUUGAUAUGGGCGAUCAGACUUUGAUGGAAAUCGCUAUCGUGGGAACUGACUACGCGAACUGGGCGGUCGUCUGGGCAAAAUCAGGUUCUGCAGCUUCAUACAACGUAAUCACCCGCGCACCAAACAUGGAGGAUAAGUUUCACGAUCCGAUCCAAGCUGUGCUAGAUAAAGCUAACCUGAAAAAAGUCAAUUUCCAAAGGGUAUCUAACGAGGACUGCUCCAAGAAAGAUACCAUCUAAAAUCCGUCCGAUCUGUCAGCUGGGUAUACGACAGGCAAGACCGCGAGAUACGUCGUGCAGUAUUAUGGGUGAUCAGAUCUCUACAUUUAAUCUAGCAGAUGCCUCUUCUUUAUCCGUUGAUGAGUUAUACACCCGGAAAAGGAAACAUUCUUGCGAAUAAGUUCAACUGGGAGUUUAGCAACCCUUCAAUUUGCUUAAGUGGGCAUAAGUACAUACGGGGGUAUAAUGGCACAUCCAGUUAUAUUAGGAGCAUCACUAAAUGCUUGAAGAAUUGCACCACGUUCAGUUGGUACCUUACAAUGCGAAGAAAACGAUGUUGCAAGGUUACAGCGCCUUCAAAAGUCAAUGAAACCACUUCAUCGACUCAAUCGAAUUUCGUGUAUGAUUAUUUUUAUUACUAAUAGCGAGUCUUCAGGAUUAUCACAUAGGUACGCAGCAAAAUAAUUUAAAUCAAAUAAAUGUAAGUCCUGCAAUUGAACAUUGCUGGGCUUCUAUAUCACCUUCAAAUGUAUUCGAUGUGGCCUUCUCUCGAUUAGCUGUCAGUAAGUCGUUUAGAAAUUUCUAUACAUUCAUGAGGCUUAUCUCCAAACCAAACGAGCUGCUACAAUCCUGUAACUAAGACGCGCAAAUGUAAGGAAAAGAAAGACAAAAUGGCAUUCCAUUAGAUGUCCCAACAUAGUGACGAAUUCGACGUGCCACAAGUGAUUAAACUUACCUUCAACACUUUAUAUGCAGCAUAUUCAUAUAAGCACCGCAAUUCUCCAUGAGUAUACUGCGAUUCUUCUAUGCAAAACAUGCAAUAAGUAUUCUUCGACCUGUUCCUAUCAAUUGGGUAACUACCUAGGGGCAUGGACUCAUUUUCUAGUAGUAACUAUUAUUUGAAAUUAUAGGUUCUUCUUUGAUUAUGUAAGUUGAAACGCCGGAUUGCAGUACUUAAGGUUUCAGUUUAAGUUAGUCAAGAUUCGCUGAACUAAUUUAUUCAAAAGACUUGUCUUGAUACACCUUCAUUUGAGAACUUGACUUCUGUUAAUCGUUGCGACAGUUUGCAAGAGACGGAGUUAUUGUGUAAAGAUUUACUAGAUUACUCGAGUUUGGUACAGACGAUACAGUCUAGGGCUUGUAGCCAUAGGGUUGUUUCUCUGGACCUCUGUAAAUCUGGCCCUCUCUUUCGUAUCCGCUGGGCGUCAACUAAGAUUUUUCUCUUUAAACAAAUUCGCACCUCUCGUCGUCCUGCGUCUAUCGAAGCCGGUACGAUCCUGCGAGACAUUGACGAGCAUCAGUAGAAAGCCAGCACGCCACUGCACUUAGUAUGAAUCCUGAGAAGCUUAACCAGUGUUGGUAUUAGCUGGUAAAGCUAUUUCAACUGUUUAUAAAUAUUGACAAGAAUACGUUCACGUAUAAGGACGAUAGAACCUAUCACUUUGUACUGAAAUACUCGAAUUCUGGAUACGGAUCAAAUGCUGGAUGACGGGUCGUUAGCGUUCUACCCCGAUUCGUAUUGAAACCCCUCGUACAAUCAAUGUUGAAAUAUGUCAUCGUCAAAUAUAAUGAGCAAACUGUGGUACACCGAAACGUUAGUGGGAUGGUUUUCGACAAAUUUGGGACUACGAUGCCGAUUGAGUUCACGAAACCUGUCAGGGCAUUUAGGACCGGCGGCAAAGUGUCAGAUGUUAAUAGAUUUGGCGUCUUCUAUAAUCUAUACGAUACAAUUCAGCGGUGAUUUACUGUUGGCACAGAAGCAAGGGCUCACCCAACUUGUAAUGUUAUCGAAUAGAAUCAAUCGACCUCGUUACGCCUCUAAGACGAUUAUAACUGCAAUAAAAUCAACAGAACUGAUGCGGAACUGUUUCCUCGUUCGGUCCUCAAAAGUGAAAACCAAAACGGGAUUAUUGAUUUCCGAAUAUGCGAUUUGACUUGAGUGUGCGAGGGUCUCUCAAAUCAGCGAUGUAAAUAUAGCUCGAUUUACGGUUUGUCAUGAGAUCUUCAACUCCUACCAUAGCUACAAACAAUCAUUGAGCAUACAGAACGAACGUAUUUCCAA